AUGGCCAAGGACCCGCCACCCUUCGCCCAGCCUGACUACUGGGACGAGCGCUUCACCAAGAACCCGUCGGCCUUCGAAUGGCUCCUCCCAGCCAACUGCCUGGACGGCCCCAUCACCGAAGCUCUCAGCCACGCCUCUUCCCCCCGCCCGCGCCUGCUGCACAUCGGCUGCGGCACGUCGGCACUCUCGCUGCACCUGCGCUCGCACGUGGAGAACCCGCGCCAAAUCCACAACACCGACUUUUCGCGCGUGGCCGUCGAGCUUGGCGCGCGUUGGGAGCGCGACGUCUUCUCGGCCACUGCUCGCGAGAAAGCCAUCAACGCCGGGAAGAAAGACGGCUCUUCAGAGGAGCACGACUGCACCGAUCGUAUGCAGUGGAGCACACUGAAUCUGCUCUCGCUACCAUCCAUCCGCGCGCUGGCCGAGGAGGAAGGAUGCUACGAUAUCGUUGUUGACAAGAGCACCUGUGACGCCAUCAGCUGCGGCGACGACGUGCCUGUUCCACUGCCGCACCCGCUCCAGCCCUCUCCCCCGCCGCCGUCGUCGUCCUCCUCUUCCACCGCAAAAAUCCACCCCCUGCACAUUCUCGCGCUUCACCUCGCUGCCCUCGUCCCGCCCGGUGGCCGCUGGAUCGCCCUAUCCUACUCCGGCCAACGUUUCCCCUUCUUCGAGCCGUUCCCCGUACGCGCCGACGAGGGUAGGCUGGACGCUGAGCUGUUGGAAAGGGGAUUUGUGCAUCCAGGCCGCUUGUGGCGGUUGGAGAGGAAGGAGAUGGUCGAGGUGGGAGGGGAAGGAGCGAAGCCGGGUAGUGGUGGGCUGGUGCAUGAACCGAGGACGGCGCAUUGGAUCUAUGUGAUGGUAAGAUCGGAGCUGGAGUUGGUGGGAAUGCCACUGCAGGGAUGA